UCUCCAAGUGGGCUCUGAACAAGUUCAACGGUGGCUGGAGGCGAGGCUCCACCGCCGGAGGCUGCAGGAACUACGCUAACACGUUCUGGAUGAACCCUCAAUUCGUGAUCCGGCUGGACGAGGAAGAUGACGAUCCCGACGAUGGCGAGGAAGGCUGCAGCCUCGUGGUCGGUCUGAUCCAGAAGGACCGCCGCCGCAAGAGGAAGAUGGGCGAGGACAUGCACACCGUCGGCUUCGCCAUCUACGAGCUUCCUGAUGAGUUCUGCGGUCAGAGGAACGUCCACCUGAACAGGAACUUCUUCUUGCGUCACGCCUCGGCGGCACGUUCUGAGACCUUCAUCAACCUGCGUGAGGUCAGCAGCCGCUUCGUGCUGCCGCCCGGAGAGUACAUCAUUGUCCCGUCCACCUUUGAGCCGCACAAGAACGGAGACUUCUGCGUCCGCGUCUUCUCCGAGAAACAGGCUGACUUCCAAGAGCUGGACGACCCCAUUGAGUGCCGAGCAGAGAAG